CCUCACGCACUCGUCCCUUCGCGCCGCCGCCGUAAGGAGCACAACCGCCGCCGCCGCUGACAAACCGAAAAAAGCAGCAUGGAUACCCAGGUGAAGCUCGCGGUGGUGGUGAAGGUGAUGGGCCGCACCGGCUCCAGGGGUCAGGUGACCCAGGUGAGAGUCAAGUUCCUCGACGACCAGAACCGUCUCAUCAUGAGGAACGUCAAGGGCCCCAUCCGCGAGGGCGACAUCCUCACCCUGCUCGAGUCGGAGCGCGAGGCCAGGAGGCUGCGCUGAGCUCUUGCGGUGGUUUCAGUCUCUGAAAGCAAAAUGUUGCCAUCUUUAGUGUAUUUCUUCCAUAUUAAGUUCCUGGACACUGGUUAUGUCUUUGGCCUAGGCUUUGGAGUUGUAUGAAAGAGCAAUGGAGAUUUAAUGACUACUGCUUGCCUGGUUUCAGUUUUGGUCUGUUGCCUAAAUUAAGUGCAUUUGCUGUGAGAUUGAUCUUGUUAUGUUAUGAUAGCCUGUUGGUCUGCUUGCCUGUCCCCUUUGGAGGUAAUGUUAUGAUUUUUUAGAUUCUUGUGUUCUAAAUAAUCUCUUGAUAUUGAUAUAUGCUCAUGUGACACUAGAAACUGUGCGCCUUGGACUUAGGAUGGAGGGGAUCUGAUGUGUUGUUAUCGGGAUCUGAAAAGUAAUCCGUGUUUCAUUUGAUUAAUUAAUUUACAAACCUGAAAUAUAUCCUUGUGGAUCUCAUUCUGGAUACUGCUGCAAAGGAAGCUAACCAAUACCCAGCAGUUGAGUCAUCCACAGCACUGACUGCUUGCAACUGACCACCCAGAGGCACACCUCUCGUGCAACAGCAAGGAGCAUUCGUUGCAAUUACUUUGUAGAAACGAUUUUCCAUUGCUGGUGAAGCCAUAAGAGUACUCCCUCAGGUCCGUAAUAAGUGUCUCCCUCAGGUACUAAACUUGAGACUGAGGAAGUAGCAUUUAGUAAAAGCCAACUCGUGCAACUGAAUGGCAACGGCCUGCAGUGCGGUGCAGGCUGCAUGUAAUUUGUGCUGAACCCCUCCCUCAGUGAGGCCAAGACUGCUAGAGACGAGAUAUGUAUGCUGGUCUUGAACAAGAAUCUCCAAUGGAACUGGCCCAAUCAAGGAACACAUGAUACUAGAUGCAUGCUAGCUCGAUCCAUAUGCAUGCAAUUCUGACUCUAGAGCUAGAGCUAGCUCCUUCUGCCUGCCUCGCCGGCUUGCUUGCUUCUAUCUACAAAGAUGCAACUGGCUCGCUAGCCUAGCAACAAGGCCGGAGAGCUAACAAGCAUUCUCACAUCUCCGCUGGAAAGAUGAGCAACAACUCCAGCAGCGGCCUCUGCAGCGACUGCGGCAACCGGAAGCGAGACUGCGAGUGCUGCGACAGGUGCGGCAAGCUAGAGGCGGACCUCUGCCAGUGCUGCCCCGAGUGCCACCAACACCGGGACCAAGCUUGCGACUGCAGCGACGACGAGGAUGAUGAGGAGGAGGAGGAGGAGGAUGAAGGUGGCUCGCAGGAGUCCAUGGACGUGGAGCCGGCGUCGGAGGACGAGGAUGGGAACCCCAAGGUCGACCCCUCCAUGGCUGACCUCCUCCAGCAGGCUACCACUUACCGUCCCGACGAUGACGAUGAAGACGAAGACGAGGACGACGAGUGAGACCGAGCUCCAUCUCUAUGCUGCUUAAUGGCCUGCUGGAAGACAAGAUGAAGAUCGUAUCGUGCGUGCUUAGCUCGUGUUGUGUUGGGUUUUGUUUGUGUCUAGUGUUUCAUCUGUUUUGAGUUUGUUGGUUUGUCUUGUUUCUUCAACUGUAACCAACUGUAACGUCCGUGUGGGAUGUAUGUUAUUGGAAUGAUGAUGAUACGAUGAUUUGUGUGUUAAUUUUGUGACGCCCCUAAUUGAUUAUAACUUAACUAGUAAUAAACACACUUUUG